AUGGAACACUCCGCAGCAAUUCUGGAAGAUGCGACCAAGAAUAUCGAGGCUGCUGCGAAGCCGGGAGCUUCAUCUUCCAGCAAGCCAGACGGCAAGAGCAACGACCACUCCAGAGACGAUCGCCGGUCGAAACAUGAUGACGGGAGCAGUCGCAAGCGGAAGGGCAACUGGCAGGACAAGAGCCUACAGCAUGGAUCACGAGGUGGAGGACGUAACGACAAUAAGAGGCAUAAGAAGGGCGAUAUGGGACGAGCAGAGUAUUUUGCGAGCAACCCAGACAAGCGCAAACGCAAUGCAGAAGCGCAAGAGAAGCGAUUGCGGGACGGCGCACAAGGUCAAGGCAUAGAAUUCUCCAAGGAUGAGAUCGAUGCCGAAGAGCGACGACCAAAGCGAAAAGUCGCAGUACUCAUUGGAUACUCUGGCACUGGGUACAAAGGCAUGCAGAUAUCUGGGACUGAGAAGACUAUCGAAGGUGACCUCUUUCAUGCUUUCAUCAAAGCCGGCGCGAUCAGUAAAGCCAAUGCCGAAGAUCCCAAGAAGACUGGCUUGGUCAGAUGCGCGAGGACAGACAAGGGCGUUCACGCGGCAGGUAACAUGGUCAGUCUCAAGCUGAUUGUGGAGGACGAUGAUAUCGUACAGAAAAUCAACGCCGAGCUCAGUGCACAAAUCAGAGUUUGGGGCAUUGAACGGACCAUUGGCAGCUUCUCGUGCUACCAAGCAUGCGAUAGCAGGUGGUACGAAUACCUGAUCCCUUCGUAUGCUUUCCUACCGCCGCAUCCCAGUAGCUGGCUGGCAAAGCAAUUGGAGCACGCUGCAGACGAAGCUGGAGACCGAGAGGGAUAUGAAAGCCGACAAGCAGAGGUGAAGGGUUUCUGGGGGAAUGUUGACGAUAACGACAUCAAAGCAAUUCUGGAGACCAUUGACGAGGAUCUACGAUUCGAUGUGGUCAAAGCUCUACAAGGUGAAGAAGAAGCUAGCGCAAAAACCGCCAAAGACGAGGCAGACAUCGAGGCGCCUCCAUCCGCAGGCGAGAUAUCAACAGGGCAGUCUGAUGCUCCAGAGACUGAUCGCAUACUUCGCUUACGUGCCGCUACGAAGCUCUUGCGCAACGCUUACGUAGCAGCAAAGCGACGAUACAGAAUUCCAACUCAGCGUGUUGAGCGGAUCCAAAACGCCCUCAACAAAUAUUUGGGAACUAAGAACUAUCACAACUACACCAUCCAGAAGACCUUCAAGGAUCCAAGCGUCAAGAGACAUAUCAAGUCUUUCCUUGCUAACCCUAAGCCAAUUCUUAUUGGGGAUGGACCAGAAGAAGAGAAGACAGAAUGGCUUAGCUUGAAGGUCCACGGGCAAAGCUUUAUGAUGCACCAGAUUCGCAAGAUGGUCGGCAUGGUGACAUUGCUCGUUCGCUCUGGCGGUAAUCUCGAAACCAUGGAGAGUUCAUUCACUGCUGCGAGGUACAGCAUACCCAAGGUACCAGGGUUGGGAUUGCUUCUCGAGCGCCCAGUAUUUGACUCAUACAACAACUUCCAAGCAGAGAAGCACGAUCGUCCUAAACUUGACUUCAGCAAAUAUGAGACUGAGCUGGAAGCUUUCAAGGAGCGAGAGAUCUAUCAGCGCAUUUUCCGAGAAGAGGAAGAGAAUAAUGAGUUCUCCAAGUUCUUUAACCAUGUCGACAAUUUCAAGGAGCCUUACUUCUUGUAUGUAAGCAGCAAGGGUCUCGAUGCCACGAAAGAUAUCGUGAGGAAAGGCGGUCCGCCAAAAGAGGCCAAUAAUUAG